AUGGUGUUUGAAGCUUGCAAAGAUGUUGCAUCCAUAGCAUCAUCUAGUUGGGACUUCAGUUGUGACUUCGAAGUGGAUAAUGGUUCGGAAGAACAUGCAACCAUUAUCCGGGAAGCAUUAGCAGUUGAUCAGGAGUUGCAACCAGACAAGGUUCGAAGGCAUAUGUCUGUUUCUGAUGGCAAACUUAUUGUACGCUUUGAAGCAGUGGAAGCUAGAUUUUUCUUAGAGAAUGCACUCAGUUACCUUCUGUUUGAAUGGGUCCCAUUAGAGCUGAGAUCAAAUUUGGGACAGUUUCAGACUAUGUCAACUUUUUACUGA